CACUCCAAACCAGAGGCGGACUGACAAUUCAUGGGGCCCCCAGGCAAUAGGGGAUCAUGAGGCCACUGUGUCCUUGCCAAAACUCAAAAAAGCCUAUGAAAAAGGUACCAGGGGCAUCUCAUGGGGCCCCCUACUGACCCCGGGCCCUCGGGCAGUGCCCAAGUUUCCAAAUGGUCAGUCCGCCCCUGCUCCAAACUGAGAAUGUGCAACUUGCCCUCAAGGAUGUGUUUUUUACACCACUGCAUCCGGCACCUUGCAAUGCACUUGGUGAUUUUUAAGAGGGUGUGCAUACUUAUGCAACCACAUUAUUUUAUUUUUUUAUGUUUA